AUGGCACAACAUAAUGAUGCAACACAAAAUCCACCGAAAUCAAUGACAGCACAACAUAACGAUGCACCACAAAAUUCACCGAAAUCAACAACGGCACAACACCAACGAAGACUAGCUCCAGCAACGAAGACUCUACAAAUGAUGACUUCAAUAACUAUGCCUAGUUACCUGAAAAAAAGAGUUUGUAAUGAUGCACCACAAAGCCUACCAAAAUCGAUGACAGCACCACACCAACAAAGACUAGCUCUAGCGAUGAAGACUCCACAAACGACGACUCCAGCGAAAUGCUAUCAACGAUGCAUCACAAAGCCUACUGAAAUCGACGACGGCACCAUACCAGCAAAGACUAGCUCCA